GAGGGGGAAUAGUAUUUGUCACCCCACAGCAUAGUAAUGGAGCUUGGAAAGAGAGCACAGCAUGGUGCAGUGGAGCAGACCGCCUCUGCUAACUGUGUGGCAGCCUGGACACAUACAGUGGGGGUCACAGGUCAAGUAUAAGGUCCUUGUAUAGUCACAGAAUACUGACUGUUACACAUGCUUUAUUUUGGCAAGAUCAAGGUGACUGCAUUCUCGUGGCCUGGCCUGUCAAGAUGGCAGAGCUGGAGAAAGGACUAGGCAGGAUGGGAGAGACGGAGCAGUGUGGAGGGAAGUCCCCAGACGAGCUGACAGAUGGUGGACUGACAGGACAGCCACUUUCACUGAGGCCUAAAACUGGCAUGAGAAUAGGUCAGCAGGGCACCUUGUUAAUUGUUUGCCAGACUAACAUGGCAGCGAAGAAUAGUCCAUCCCUCUAAAGUGCUCAGCAGAUUAUCUACAGGCCAAAGACGGCGUAGUAGCGGGAAUCGACUCAGCCUAAUGCUGUGCUCUGCCUUCCACUGUUGUUCUUUGCUGCCGAGUGUCAGCCAUUUUAGAGAGCUUCCCGUUUCUGUCCCUGGAUAUUUGUAUGUAAGAGAGGAGGAUGAGCACGGGAACGACUUCCUCUGGAAAGGCUCCGCAGUCAAAUGUCAUCUGAUCCACAGGGCACGGAAGCCUGUAGCAAUAUUCUAACAAGGUUUAAUAACGUUCAUGACAUGAUAAUGUAGCUGGUGGAAAAUAAUUGUUUAAUGGUAAUAAUGAGUAAUAAUAAUAUAAUGGGUGGUUCCUGUUUGGAGUAGUGUAGCAAUGUUUGUAUACUCCCUGCGUGUUCAGGUGCAGUAUUUGCUAUGCGUGUUGUGUUGUUUUGAGUAAAUAACGCCUAACAAAGGAUUGACACAAUCAACUGGGUCUAGAUGUAAUGACUCACACUCUGGGUCCGGGGGCAGCCUGUUCUAGCAACUAAAACAGCAGGUCCUCCCUGUCUGUCUCUGAAACAACUGCUUGGCUGUUUCUGGGCACUGACAUUUUAGCCUAGAUCUGUUCCUGUUUUAAAAAGUGGACUAUAUUGUGUUAAUUGUGUUAAAGUUCUUACAGCAGAUUCAACAGUUGCUGUGCGUACGUGCCGUGUGUGCACCGGGCACAGCAGCCAGACGACCGAGAGAGAGAGAGAGGGAGAGAGAGAGAGAGAGAAAGAGAAAGAGAGAGAGAGUCUUCAAAAUGGAUGCCGUGCACAUGCACUGGGAGCACAGCGAGGGUGGGAAUCAGAUCCUGUCAUUUUCCAAUCUGUAGCGCGGCAGCCUGCGUGUCUGUGAGCGGGAACAAGGCCGGCGCGCCGUCUGCCUUCACAGUGGCGCUCUGAGAAGGCGAGGGACUCGGUCUUCAGGAGGCUUUUAACAACAGCAAGGAGCAGUUCUCUCUGCAUUGCAGCACUGUGGCUGAGGGGAGCGGGGAGAAGAGAGCUUGUGUGGCACAUCGAGCCUGAGCGCCCAAUCAGGCGCCUCCAUGUGGUGCUCGAGCCAAUCGGCAGGCUGCAGCCGAGGUUAAAGAUUGACAAUUGCAGGAGAGAGCAGCAGGGAGAGAAGGCCUUCUAGGAAACCUGGACCCAUCUUUUCCCUCAUCCCCCAACGUUCUCAAUAAUUGAAAAAGAUUUAAGAAUAGGCUGAGGAAUCUAUAUGUGAGAAAAGAUAAAGCCAGGACAGAACAGGACAGGGCAUUGCUAGGAUAGACUGUGUGAGGCUGUCCAGACAAGCUAGAGGAGGAGGCCAGCAAUGCCAUUUCAGUGCACUCCUGUUUGUGUCUGCAGAUGAGCGAUGCUUCUGUCAUGUCAUCCUUCUGUCGUGAUGGAGAAUAAGGGUGUUUCAGAGCAAGAGGAAAAAACGGAGACUGAAACUGAAGCAAUGGAGAUUUCAACACGUUCCAAAGCUUCAGACACCGGCUCAACAGAGAAGAUGGCACAAAAACGAAAGAUACCGAGUCCCCCGCACUCAUCUAAUGGUCAGUCUCCUGCUGAAACCUCCCCCUGUCCAGUGAAAAAGAAGAAGAAACCAGGUGCCGUCAGCAGCAGCAAAGAUCAGUCAGAACUAAGACAUGGUCCCUUUUACUAUGUGAAGCAGCCAGCACUCACCACAGACCCUGUUGAUGUUGUACCGCAGGACGGCAGGAACGACUUCUACUGCUGGCUGUGCCACCGAGAGGGCCAGGUGCUCUGCUGUGAGCUCUGCCCCAGGGUGUACCACGCCAAGUGCCUCAAACUCCCAGCUGAGCCCGAGGGCGAUUGGUUCUGUCCGGAGUGUGAGAAAAUAACAGUUGCUGAGUGCAUAGAGACCCAGAGCAAAGCCAUGAUGAUGCUAACUAUAGACCAACUGUCUUACCUGCUAAAGUUUGCCCUUCAGAAGAUGAAACAACCAGGUGAUCAUCCCCGCUUGUCAUCUCGCUCCCCCCAUGCAGCUUCCACGCAGAGAAAGACUUUUAAUUGGACUGAACCCUUCCAGAAACCUGUUUCUCUCGAACAGCACCCAGAUUACGCUGAAUAUAUUUUCCAUCCGAUGGAUCUUUGCACACUUGAAAAGAACAUCAAAAAGAAAAUGUACGGCUGCACAGAAGCCUUCCUGGCAGAUGCAAAAUGGAUUUUGCAUAACUGUAUUAUAUAUAAUGGAGCCAAUCACAAACUCACAGCUACGGCUAAAGUGAUAGUAAAAAUCUGUGAACAUGAGAUGAAUGAAAUCGAAGUUUGUCCUGAGUGUUACCUAUCUGCCUGCCAAAAGAGAGACAACUGGUUUUGUGAGCCUUGUAGUAAUCCACACCCUCUAGUGUGGGCCAAGCUGAAAGGCUUUCCGUUCUGGCCUGCUAAAGCUCUGCGGGACAAAGAUGGACAGGUGGAUGCUCGCUUCUUUGGUCAACAUGACAGGGCUUGGGUUCCCCUAAACAACUGCUACCUGAUGUCCAAAGAGAUUCCGUUUUCUGUAAAGAAGACCAAAAGCAUCUUCAACAGUGCCAUGCAAGAGAUGGAAGUCUACGUGGAGAACAUGAGAAAGAAGUUUGGCGUGUUUAACUACGCUCCCUUCAGGACACCUUACACUCCUGACAACAACUUCCAGAUGCUUUCAGACACGUCCAACCCGUCAACCACUCCUGUGAAACCUGAGAAGCAGGAGAAGAUCAAACUGAGCUUUGACAUGACUGCAUCUCCAAAGAUACCUUUGGCCAGGACUAUGCCAUCUGUUGGAGUUGGAAGCAGUACAGCUGGCAGGCGGCUCCCUCUUAGUGACAUGCCUCGAUCCCCAAUGAGCACCAACUCCUCUGCUCAUACCGGGUCGGAUGGAGAGCAGGAGACAGCAGACAAGUUUCAAACCAAACCCCCAAACAGUCAGUAUACAGGAGAAGAUGCCAUGGAGAAUACAGCAUCCCCUACUCGACCCGGUGCUGGAGGCUGUUCAUUGGACAGUCCUAAGCCGUUCCACUCUCAAGCUCCUGGUGUUCCUAAGCAGGAGAAGACACCCCCAACAGGAAGCAUUCUCAACCUCAAUCUAGAUCGGAGUAAAGCAGAAAUGGACUUAAAGGAGCUUAGUGAAACAGUUCAGCAGAAGCAAGGAGCCACACCAGUGCUGACCUCCCCGAAAAGACAGAUCAAAAGCCGCUUCCAGCUGAACCUGGACAAAACCAUUGAGAGUUGCAAAGCACAGCUAGGCAUUGAUGAGAUCUCCGUGGACGAAGGUGUUGAACACAGUGACUCAGAAGAAUCUGAUAAGUCAGACUCCAGCGAUAGUGAAUAUGCCAGUGAUGAAGAGCAAAGGACUAAGGGCUGUCAGGAUGAAGCACCCAAUGAGGAGGCCAAGAAGGACCCUACGAAAAAUCGAGUCAAAGACCAGCCUCCCACAAGCCAAGAUAAAGAGACUAAAGCUGAUACACUUGUGGCAUCGGAAUCUGCAGCAGAUGACAGCUCUGGGAUAAUAUCCGAUGCUCCACCUAAAGACAAACCGGGCACGGAUUCAGAUGCAAGCGGCCCAGAGAAGACCAAAAAAGCCCCAGCAUCACCUGGUCCUAAAGAGAAGGUCCAAGCUAAAGAAGAGACAAGGCAACAAGUGCCAGUGGAAGACUCCGACUCAGAGAGGGAGCUGGUCAUUGACCUUGGAGAGGAACAGGGAGGGAAGGACAGGAAGAGGAGCAGAAAAGACAGCACUACUGUCAAAGAGUCAGCUACUAAGCCUGAAGGUAAAGCCAUGACCCCUUCCACUCUCCCAUUUCAAAACAGUACAGCUCCUUCAACACCGUCUAGUGUUUCAACGCAGGCCCCAAUGGCCAUUCCUGUCACCGUGGUCUCUUUCACUACUCCCUCACCUGCAACGAUAAGCCUUGCGAGCGUGUCCAGUACUACAGCGACACCCCCCUCUUCGUCCUCGUUGGCCUCCACCACGCCAGCUUUGAAGAAGCAGCGCCCCCUGCUGCCCAGGGAGACGGUGCCAGUGGUGCAGAGAGCCGUGGUGUGGAAUCCCAGUGCCAAGUUUCAGACGUCCUCGCAGAAGUGGCACAUGCAGAAGGUGCAGCGUCAGCAGCAGAACCAGCAGCCCGUGGCAGGCACACAGAUACGGACGCCUUCCCCCAGGCAAGGCCAGGCUCAAGUGGUGAUCCAGACACAGGCGGUUGGGAACGGCUCGGCCGCGGUUUCGUCAUCUUCAGCACAACAGUCUUCACAAAGCACACGAUAUCAGACCAGACAGGCAGUCAAAGCUGUUCAGCAAAAAGACACUCCACCCAGCACAUCCACAUCAGCUGUUACCCUAGUAUCCAGUACUCCAACUUCUGCUGCAAUGGCGGCAGCAUCAAGUCUAGGCACAGCUGCAGCUUCUUCUCCAACAACAGAUCUGUAUAUCCCCACUGCCUCAGCGGAUGUGGCUGCGGACAUUGCCAAAUACACUAACAAAAUAAUGGAUGCAAUCAAAGGUACAAUGACUGAAAUCUACAAUGACCUUUCGAAGAGUACUUCAGGGAAUACAAUAGUAGAAAUAAGACGCCUUAGAAUUGAAAUAGAAAAAUUACAGUGGUUGCAUCAGCAAGAGUUGUCAGAAAUGAAGCACAAUCUUGAGCUGACAAUGGCAGAGAUGAGGCAAAGUUUGGAGCAGGAGCGAGAGAGGCUGGUGACAGAGGUGAAGAAACAGAUGGAACUGGAGAAGCAGCAAGCGGUGGAUGAAACGAAGAAGAAACAGUGGUGUGCCAACUGCAGAAAAGAAGCCAUCUUCUACUGCUGCUGGAACACCAGCUACUGCGACUACCCCUGUCAACAAGCCCACUGGCCAGAACACAUGAAGUCUUGCACUCAGUCAGCCACUGCCCCACAGCAAGAACCUGAGGCUGAGUCAACAACAGAUCUCCCAAACAAAGGUUUAGGACAGACAAGUAGUGGGCCAAACUCUCUCAGAGACACUUCGGCUUCAGCACCAUCAGACAAAGACUGUGGCGUAGACAAGAGCACGGACAACAUUGCUGUCACGCUGUCAUAACUGAGCUUACCGUACUUGAAAAAAUUCAUAGAUUUUUUUUAAUCACAAGAAUGUGUAUAUUGUACAAUUAUUUGUAUUUAUACAUUUUGGUUUGCCUUUUAGGGCUUACACAGUGGUCUUUAAACACUGUUAAAAAUAGAAACAUGACUGACUGAAAAUAGUGAAUUGUAGAGGGGGCGAUUAGAAAUGCACUUUUUUUACAAUCUAUAGAGACACGUCAGUACAGGAGUCCUAGGAGCAUGCGUGAGUGUCUCAAAACAUACACAUAUUGCAAAAAGAAAACAGUAAAGCAGUUUAACACUGCAAAAAGAUUACCCAUGUUAAUGGACCACCUCAGUUUUAGAUUAGAGGGUUGUUGACAGAUGUCUGUAAAUUGCCUAUUUUGUAUUCUGUGUUAAUUUAUUUGUUACUCAAAUGUUGCCUGCUGUAUACUGCAAAAAAAAAUACAAAUACAAACAUUUUAAAGCAA